GGCUCGGGGCGUCCCGCGGGUCUCCCCGGCUUUCUGGGCACCUGCGCCCCCCCGGCGGCCGAAGCGGGCCCCAGGCUGAGUGCGCCCCCGCCAGGGUGUCCCUUAGGGAGGCGGUCUUCCAGCAGCUCUGGAUGGACGUCUGUUCGGCCUGUCUGUCCCACCCUGCUGGACCGGUCAGCAAGUGAAAUUCUCAUCCGUUUUGGAGGGCAGUCGAGACCCCCUAAAACAAGGUUAUCUUCUUAUCCAAAAAGAUGAAACCGACGGAGUUACUUUCAAAAGACAACCAAGGACACACUGCAGACUAAUGAGCAGAAUUAAUAAGAACGUGAUUUUGGCCCUUUUAACUUUGACAAGUUCUGCAUUUCUGCUGUUCCAGUUGUACUACUACAAACACUAUUUAUCAGCAAAGAAUGGAGCUGGCUUAUCAAAAUCCAAAGGAAGCCAAAUUGGAUUUGAUAGCACACAAUGGCGUGCAGUUAAAAAAUUUAUCAUGUUAACAUCCAGCCAAAAUGUGCCAGUGUUCCUUAUUGAUCCUUUGAUCCUGGAAAUGAUUAAUAAAAACUUUGAACAAGUCAAAAAUACUUCUCGUGGCUCCACUUCAGAAUGCAAGUUUUUCUGUGCUCCCAGAGACUUUACUGCAUUUGCACUGCAGUAUCACCUGUGGAAGAAUGAGGAAGGCUGGUUUCGGAUAGCUGAAAAUAUGGGAUUUCAGUGCCUGAAGAUCGAGAGCAAAGACCCACGGUUAGAUGGGAUAGACUCACUUUCUGGAACUGAAAUCCCCCUGCACUACAUCUGCAGAUUGGCCACUCAUGCCAUCCACUUGGUGGUCUUUCAUGAGAGAAGUGGCAACUACCUCUGGCAUGGCCAUCUACGGCUCAAAAGACACAUUGACAGAAAAUUUGUUCCAUUUCGAAAGUUACGGUUUGGUCGUUAUCCUGGAGCUUUUGACAGGCCAGAGUUACAACAGCUUACUGUUGAUGGACUAGAAGUUCUCAUUCCAAAAGAUUCAAUGCACUUUCUAGAAGAAAUACCUCACUCUAGGUUUAUUGAGUGCCGGUAUAAAGAAGCUCGAGCAUUCUUCCAGCAGUACCUUGAUGAUAACACUGUGGAAGCUAUGACCUUUCGGAAGAGUGCAAAGGAAUUGUUGCAACUAGCAGCCAAAACAUUAAAGAAAUUGGGGGUACAGUUCUGGCUGAGCAGUGGAACUUGUCUAGGAUGGUAUCGGCAGUGCAAUAUUAUUCCUUAUAGUAAAGAUGUCGACCUAGGAAUUUUUAUUCAAGAUUACAAAUCUGAUAUAAUUUCAGCGUUUCAGGAUGCAGGACUGCCACUCAAACAUAAAUUUGGGAAGGUAGAAGACAGCUUGGAACUAUCUUUCCAGGGAAAAGAUGAUGUCAAACUUGACAUUUUUUUCUUCUAUGAAGAAACUGACCAUAUGUGGAAUGGCGGCACUCAGGCCAAAACAGGAAAAAAAUUUAAAUAUGUGUUUCCCAAGUUUACCCUGUGCUGGACUGAGUUUGCCGACAUGAAGGUUCAUGUGCCCUGUGAAACCAUAGAAUACAUUGAAGCUAAUUAUGGUAAGACAUGGAAGAUUCCUGUGAAGACAUGGGACUGGAAGAGUUCUCCGCCCAAUGUGCAGCCCAAUGGAAUCUGGCCCAUUUCUGAGUGGGAUGAGGUUAUCCAGUUAUACUGAGAUUGAAAUGGUGGAAUGAGUUUCCCUCCUGAAAAGAAAUGUGAAAACUGUUUCAAAAGAUACAUGUCUACUAUCAAACAUGAGUAGGAGCCAAAGAAAAAUGACAAGAUUGAAGACACAUCCGAUUUAAUCCUCAUUUUACAUUUUUUUAAGGAAUCUGCACGUGUACAGGUUACAAUGAAGCAGCAGAGAUGAAUGAGAGACGCCUGCCUCUUUCUCCCCUCUCUUUGGCAAGCACCCCAAUUUUCUUUGAGGGAAAUAUCCCUGCCCUCUGAAGAGCUCUUAUAGAAUAUAUGUUCUCCAAGUGCUUUCAAAAUGUUAGAUAAUGUUUAGACUGGGGGAAAGGGCUUAGCAGGCAAAGCUAAGCUAGGACGCUUACCAGGAAAGCUAUAUUAGUUGAAAAGAAUAACCUGUUCCUGCUCUUAGCAUUGCAGCUGCUAGGAUAGUGCUACUUCUUAAGUUGUGGAGUCUGCAUUAUCCAGGUGAUAAGACUUUAGGUAGCUUCAGGAAAAGAUGCUAGCAGAUUUCAUUUUAUAAGCAACCUUAUGAGAAAUUGAUUUAAAAUACAGGGCAUCAUCUUAUAAGCAAUUGAGAGCUUAUUUCUAACCUUGUCAAAGUUGAGUAAAUUUCCAUACACUUUCUAUCUUCGUAUUUCAAGUGAGAAGAAAGCUUACGCUUGUGUGGUUAAGAUUUCCAGCCAUUGUGAGAAUAUUUUCACUGACUUCUGGUAGCACUUUUUGACAAAUCAUCCAAGUGAGACCAUUCUACCAGGCAUAAUUGUGAAAGGGUUGUGAUUUUGUGAAACUUAUUUUUUUCUACUUCAUUCCCUCAGCCAUUUGUUAGGUAAGAAUAUGAGCUACUCAUGACAUUUUAUAUUUUCUAUAAAUUUGUAAUCCUAUAAUCCCUCUGUUAAUAUUAACACUAAAAUAUUAGUAGAAUACUGGUAAUUGUCUAAAUGUAUUCUUCAGUGUGUUCAUUCGUCAAUUGUAGCUGAAUGUAUUUAAUGUAUAACCUAUAAACUAAUUUAUACAAUAUGUAAACCUAUCUGUGGCCUCCCCUCUUCCUGCACUUUGUAUCAGGUCUCCAAAAUGAAGAUAAAUGGCAAACCUGACAAACCAAUCAGCCCAUAGAAAUCAUAAUCAAGUUCUAAAUAGCUAAACCUAAUUUCAGUUUUUGUAGUUGACAAAUUUAAGUAAUGUUUCUGGGCAAAACCCACCCUGCUCAGAGAAUUCCAUUUGCUUGGGCAUAUGCUUCACAUUCCUGCCCAUUUCUGACUGGGACUUCCACUGUGUGCCAGGGCAUCUUCCCCCCCCCUCCACCCCGGUUUGGUUUACUUCUCUUCUCACUGUGCCUGGACUCUCUAAGGUCUUGACGUCUCCAAAAUGUGAGCCUUGGUCCCGUUAGUGGAGGUUCCACAUUCUUCCCUCCAUAGGUCACUGGCAGCUGAAAUAGCCCUAUUGACUGUCUUCCAUUUUCACAGACUACAGCUCUCAGUUCCUACCCUAACUUGGAGACUGGAGAUAAGGCUUGCCUCUCAUAGAGAUUCAGCCAUAUUUCAUCCCGUGCUUCUCAGCAGUUGCAUUCUGCCAUUGUCAAGAGACCUGGGGCAGGUGAACCUACCAUUAAUAUACCUCAUCAGAUCGUGUUUCUUUCCUCCCCAUAGUAUUUCAACAGUCAGACUCUAAAUCUCACCACUUUCAGGUCAAGUUUGCCUGGCUUACCAUGAGAAGACGUCUUACACCAACUUGUUGGAAGCUAGGCCCCUGUGGAUAUGCCCAAAGAGGUCCUGGGAGGUGAGAUUGAUGACCUCUGCUUGGCCACCACAUGGCCACACAGUCCUUCUCUAAGCAGGGGGUUCCUGUCCAUUCUCUUUUCCUCUGCUGUCACUACUGACAUCUGGUUCCUGCAGGAAAACCACAGUUCCCAAAUUGAGCAGUCCUAAGAAGUUGGGUGGUGGAGUAAGUCUUCAUGAUUCUCUAGCUAAAAAUCUUGAAGUGUGACCACUAGGAGGCAGAAUGUCUGUCCCAUCCCCCUCAAAAACAAGUUACAUGCAAGUCAUCUCCUUUUCUGAACAGAACUUCUAUUUUCAUAUUAUUGGUCAAGCUGUAGUCUCCUAGGCUUUCUUGUCCCACAUGCUCCCUAGUUCCUUGCUCCCAAACAAUUCUCUGUCCGUACCUCCCUAGAUUUGGUACCUGCUCUGCCCUGGACUUCUUGGUUAAUAUUGUAGCUUUUCCUAGAGGUAACUUUUACCUGCUUGUUAGUAAAUCUCUGCCCAGUCAAAAGCAGAUAUGUCAUGAUUUGGAGAAGGGAAGAAUUUGGAAUACUUAGUUUUGUUUAAUUGUCUCUACUGGAUGCCUAUAUCAGUAUUAAUAAAGAAGAAUUGAAAAUACUCAUUUCAACCUUCUUUCCUCCAAUUUGUGUUUCUCUUUCAAGCACGCAACAAUCAAUUGGGUAUGCAAUGCUAUUUUAAGCUGCUGUGCAUCAGAUUAAAAUCCUAAUUAUAGUUUGUAAAUUAAACAGAUCAAUAUAAUAGUGAUAUCUUCUACGAACCAGUAAUGAAGUAGUCAAGUAUGAAUUUUUCUAAUGAGAAAUCACUUCUGGCUUAGAAUAACACCCCCCCAUCAUCAUCCCUUAACCCAACCAAAGGCAGAAAUUAUAUAGGCAUCUAUUAGCCAACCAAGCUGCUAAAUACACCUCAAGCACCUUCUCACAGUGGGUUUGAAAGGGAAUAUGAGAAUUAGAAGUACUGUAUUUUGUUCUAUAAAAUGAUAUGCCAUUAAAAUGAUAUACCAUUUAAAAAAAUGCCAAAUUUCGGGGCCUCCCUGGUGGUGCAAGGGGUUAAGCACUGCACUGUGAAGCAAUCCGAAGCCUCUGCAGCACGAGUUCGAUCCCCUGCUGGCCAGAGAGCAACCCACAUGGCACAGCAGACCUCUCCUGACGCGCCCGCUGCUCCCCUCAGCAGUGUAUUCCAGCCAAUCUGCCUGUUCUGCUCCCCACUCUGUCUCUGGUGAAUCCUCUCACCCCCUACAUCUCCGGCUUGUACCCCAGCUCUUGUAUGCAUACAUAAAUAAAUAUUUUUUAAAAAUCCCAAAUUUUGUAGACUUCUGAUGGCUCAUUCAAGAGCAUGGGGGAUAGUUCAUGUGUUUGUUAAGUGAAAACCAUAAGUAACUAUUUAUAUGUCCCUUCUAUCUGUAACCAGAAAAACUUAGUUGAAUUUUCUAAACAGUGAUAUUUUAAACAUGAGUAAAUUUCAGUGUAUGCUUACCAGUUUACACUUUGAUUUCAUCUUCAUGUACAGAUACUUUGUGGUACUACUGAAAAUGCCUUUAAUAUUAUUUUCAUCAGAAUUUGUAAUAUAUAAUCCAGUUUGGGAUGAUGAAUAAAA